GCUGGGCGGUAUGACGGUAUAUUCCGUGACGACGGAAUAAAAUGUCUACCGUUACAGAUUUUUCUAUUCCGUUUAUACCGUGAAGUUUAAAUUAGUGGGCGUGGUUAACCUCACGUGUAGCGCGCCGGGACGUGAGAACGAUUGAGAAGCUGCACACAAGCGUAUAUAAGAAGAAAAACAUGGAGAAAGAUAAGCAUGCUGAUAAAGAAAUCCCACAAACCAAUCCCGAGCAGCAGGAGGAGGAACUUGUUGUGAAACGAGGCGCGACAUCAGUGGUAUGGACGUGGUUCGGGUUUACAAAGGCUGACAAAGAGCAGAAAAAUGUGAUUUGCAAACUGUGUCACGCGAAUGUAACCGUUAGCCACGGUAGCACGAGUAACUUGUUUUAUCAUCUAAAGGUGAAGCAUGUCAAAGCAUACAAUGAAAGCCAACAGAUGCGCUCCACAUCAGGUGUUCCGUCAACCUGUGGUGCUAAAAGCAAAAAACAAUCUCAAACUAGUUUGGCCGAAUCAUUUACCAGAGGCACUCCAUAUGACAAAACCUCACGCAGAUGGAAAGAAAUAACGCAAGCCAUUACAAUGCAUAUCUGUAAAGACAUGUCACCAGUUUACACAGUGGAAAAGAAGGGAUUUCGUGAUCUAAUCAAAACGCUUGAUCAUAGAUAUGUAAUGCCGAGCCGCAAGCACUUUAGUGAAGUAGAGUUGCCGCGGUUGUAUGGAGAAUGCCGACGGAAAAUUGAAGCGGAGCUUCGCGAUGCUUUAUACUUCUCAACAACAACUGAUUUGUGGACAAGUCGAACUACACAGCCAUAUAUGAGCUUAACAAUCCACUUCAUCAAAGACUGGACAUUGUGCAGUAGAUGUCUGCAGACUUCCUAUUUUCCUGAGGAUCACACGGGAGAGAUGAUAGCUCAAAGCUUAAAGGAAGCGCUUCAGUCAUGGGAAUUACGAGAGGAUCAUCAAGUCUGUGUCACAACUGAUAAUGCAACGAACAACAUCAAAGCACUGCAACUAAAUGACUGGACGCGGUUACAGUGUUUUGCUCAUCGUCUUCAUUUAGCCAUUGAGAGAGGUGUAAAAGUGCCCCAAGUUGACCGCGCAAUUGGGGUGUGCAAGAAAAUUGUGAGUGCCUUCUCAAACACUUGGAAAAGACAGCGUGAACUGGCCAUAGCUCAGGUGCAGCUAGGCUUGCCUACUCACAAGCUUAUCACUGAGAGUCCAACAAGAUGGGGAUCCAGGCAACAAAUGAUCGAAAGGGUCAUUGAGCAGGAAAAAGCCCUAACACAAGUCCUGCAAGCUGACAAAAAGACCAGACAUUUGGCUCUGACAUGGCAGGACAUGGACGUUCUUGAAUCUGUAAAUAAGGCAUUAUGCCCACUCGUAGAGUUUACAGAUGCCCUGUCUGGGGAACAGUAUGUAAGCGUUUCAUACUUGAAACCCGUGCUUUAUCUUUUUAAUGAACAGGUUCUUAAGCCACAGGAUGAUGACACGCAGCUCACCAGGGACAUUAAGGUGAACAUUCUUGACUAUUUGAAUGAAAAAUAUGCAGAUGAAUCCACCCAGGAGCUGCUUGACAUGGCUUCCCUUCUCGACCCUCGCUUCAAAACCACAUACAUAAAUGCCGAACGAGUGGACUACAUGAAGACCAGAGCUGCAGCAGAGAUGGAGAGUCUUGCAGCUGAUCCAAAAAGGCCUGUCGAGGGAGUCUCAGUGCCACUAGCUGAAGAUGCUGGAGAAAAUUCAGAAUGUCCUACUAAAAAACAGAAGAAAAGUUUGGGAAGCUUCUUCAAAAUUGCUUCACGCCAACGGCAAGCUGUCCCCCAGUCAGAAAGGGAGUCCAUUGAAAUGGAACUUAACAGCUAUUUACAGGCAGUUGAAGUGGAUGGUGAGACCAACCCCCUGGAAUGGUGGAGGCAGCACGAGGCUAAUUUUCCACAUGUGGCCAGCCUGGCAAAAAAAUAUCUGUGCAUCCCUGCCACAAGUGCUCCAUCUGAGCGUGCUUUCAGCACAAGUGGGAAUAUUGUCACAUGCCGCAGAUCAGCACUAAAACCUGAGAGAGUUGACCAGCUUGUUUUUCUUGCACACAAUUUGUAAUUUUUUUGUUUGACAGAAUUUUUUAUUUAUUAUUAAAUUUUUUGAAGUGUUUAUAUUUAUUUGAUAUUUAAAAAAAAAAAUUUUCAAAAAGAGUUUAAAUUUCUCUUGCUCAGGAAGUGUUUUUACAGUGUUUUUUUAUUUUUUAUUAUUAUUAUUUUUUUUUAGAACAAGCGUUUAGAUUCUGACAUUUUCCCCAAAUGUUUACAUUUUUAUACUUUCUGCAAAAUUUGUUUUAUGUUACUGAAGUUUUAUUUAUUUCAAUGCUCCGAGAAAGUAUUAAUAAUCUGUUCUGAUAUUAAUAAAAAGUAUGUUCUCUUUAAACUACACACAUGUGGCCUAUUUAAUGUCAUGGUGAGGUUGAUCUAAAAGUUCACUCAUUCACUACUAAUGCUCUAAAUAAAAGAAAAAAUUAUAAAAUAAGAUGAGAGCCUAUUCUUUAUUUUUAAAGUGGUAUUUAAUAUAUUAAGCACGUCCCUUUUGUUGAUUUACCUGAAAAAUUAUUAUUCCGUGAUAUAUACCGCAUACCGUGAAAUAAAAUAACUUAUUCCGUGAAAUAAAUUUUUGGUCAUUCCGCCCAC